UCCGUGCGUCAUGACGUCAUCCGGCUCUCGUCUUGUUCCUCCUCCGAUGGUUCGGAGCUCACACUAAGCUACCUGAGAGCUAACUAACCUUUAGACACGUUUCUUUAUUAUCCCACAGUUUUAACGACUCUGUUAUUAUAAGGUCUGUUUUAUUGUCUGAUUCAACUGGAUAUUAUUCAUCGACAAAUCCCUUCCGACACCGUUUUCCUCCCCGCUGUCGGAGGAAACAACUGAGCCAUGUACAAUGGGAUUGGCCUGACGACUCCGCGGGGCAGCGGCACCAAUGGCUAUGUACAACGAAACCUGUCGAGCCUGCGGGUCAAACGGCCACGGGAUGAGCGCGGCGGCGAGCGGGACGAGAAGGACCGGGAGAGGCUGGAGAGUCAGCUCAACAGGCAGCCCAAUGCUGACAUCCUGGAGCAUCAACGGAAAAGGCAGCUGGAGGUCAAGUGUGCCGAGUUGCAGGACAUGAUGGAGGAGCAAGGGUAUUCAGCUGAGGAAAUCGAGGAGAAGGUGAACAGUUUCCGUAUGAUGCUACAGGAGAAGCAGGAGCCGGCUCCCGCCACCACUGACAGACCAACGGCGACAGAGACUCAUGCUCUGGCUGCAGCCAACCAGCAGAAGAAUGACCGUCUUCGUGCUGCUUUUGGUAUCGCCAGCGACUAUGUGGACGGAUCGUCCUUCCACGCCGACCGCAAGGAGAAAGAGAAGGAGAAGAGAGAGCAGGAUCGCCUGGAGAGGGAGAGGCUGCAGCAGCAGAAAUAUACGUUGGUGGAAGAUUCAGACAAUUCCGAUUCUCCUCCCAAGAAGCGCAGUCGGAAGAAGAAAAAGAAAAACAAGAACAGAGACAGCUCAGAGAGUCCCCCCCCAUCUCCUCGCCAAGAAAAGAAGAAAUCCAAAAAGAAGAAAAAGAAACGUGAGGCGUCAGAAGAUGAGGAAGAAGAAGACAGUUCCUCAGAUGAGAAGCAGAAGGAGUCAAAGAAGAAGAAAAAGCAGAGUGAAAGUCCUCCAAAAGCAAAGGCAGUGCGACACAGGAGUGUCUCCUCCAGCUCUGCUCACAGCCAGUCUCCAGCUCCAGUGAGAUCACGUCAACAGGACCAAACUGUAAGAAAAGCUGAUGAAGGUAGAAAGGGGAGAUCGCCAGACAGGAGGAGGCGGGGCUACGGAGAACACAGCCCACAUCAUCAGGGAGGCGAAGGGAAGAGGCCCAAUCUUGAGAGAGAAAAAGAGCGGCCGAGUGAGAUGGAGAAGACCUCCUCCAAGAAGAGACACGACUCUUCAUCCCCUUCUCCACCUCCACAGACAGAAAAAAGCAGGGAGAGGGAGAAAGGGAGGCGUUCCAGAAGCAGAGAGAUUGAGAAAAAGAGGCAUUCCAGGAGCAUAGAAAAGGAGAGGGAAAGAGGAAGGAGCCCCAGAAACCGAGAGAUGGAGAAGGGAAGGCGAUCAAGGAGCAGAGAAAACGAGAGGGAGAGAGGGAGGCGCUCCAGAAGCAGAGAUGUGGAGAGAGGGAGGCGCUCAAGGAGCAGAGAUGUGGAGAAAGGGAAGCAUUCAAGAAGCGGUGACGUGGACAAAGGGAGGCGUUCAAGGAGCAGAGAUGUGGAGAAAGGGAGGCGUUCAAGGAGCAGAGAUGUGGAGAAAGGGAGGUGCUCAAGGAGCAGAGAUGUGGAGAGAGGGAGGCGUUCAAGAAGCAGAAACAUGGAGAAAGGGAGGCGUUCAAGGAGCAGGGACAUGGAGAAAAACAGCAUUUCAAAAAGCAAAGAUGUGGAAAAAGGAAGGCGUUCAAGAAGCAGAGAAAAGAGGGAUAAAGGAAAGGAGAUUGUUCCUCAGAGGACCAGACAUGACUCGUCCUCAUCUCGUUCUCGUUCUCCUUCUCCUCCACCUCCACCUCCACCUCCACCUCCACCUCCACCCAAACAGGAGACUAGGAGGGAAAGGAGCAGAGAUGCCGAGAGAGAAAAGGACAGGAAUAAACAGCAAAAAAAGAGUAGACAUGACUCCUCAUCCCCCUCACCUCCCCCUGAGAAGGAGAGGGCUAGGAAGGAGAGGAGCGAAGAGAGGGAGCGCAGAACUGAGAGAGAUCUGCACUCGAGGGCGCCAAAUGAAAGGGACAGCAGGAGAGACACUGGUAAGAGACAGGAGAGAGAGGCGUCUCCUUUCCAACAGAAAAAUGACAGGAGAAGGGAUGGAGGACACCUGUCCCGCAAUUCCCCAUUACCCGCUUCUCGCUCACCUGUCGCCAAUGGGCGCCAAAGAGAACGGGAAGAUGAGAGGAGAGGAGAAAAAGACAGGGAGAGGGACAUGCAUCUGAACAAGCAGAGGGAACAAGACAGAGAGCAAGGUCAAGAAGGCGGCAGAAAGAGAGAUGAGGCUGUCCGAUCGACUGCAGAAAGUAGACGAGAUGGAUCGAGACCUGCGGAGAAAGGCAGGAGCGAAAGACCAGAGAAGAUGAGAAGCCCUCCGAGGAAGGAGAAGCGUGAUGACAAGGAGAAACAGGCUGUGAAAAAAAGAGAGAGCAGCAGUAGUAGUAGUAGUGGUAGCAGCAGUAGCAGCAGCGGUAGUGACAGUGAUAGCUCCUCAUCUUCCUCUUCAUCUUCCUCUUCCUCAUCAUCCUCAUCCUCUGAAGAUGGGGGCAAAGCGAAGAAGGCUGUGUCAACAGGGAAGGAAAAAAGUAGUCCUUUGAAAAGUGCACCAUCUGCUAUUGGAGCUGCAGUUCAAAGGUAUUUAGCCAACGGCAAAAAGGAAAGCCCCGUCUCAGCGUCUGAGGGCGACGGGCCUCGGAGAGCCCAGAAGGAGAGAGAAGGUGCAGGAGACAAACGUGAGAGGGAAAGAGCUUCCCACAGAACUCCUGCAGAGAGUUACCCGUCCCGGAAAAAAGGUCAGGAGCGAUAUAGCCCCACACAGAUGGACAGCCCCAGUCCACCUCCUUCCCCAUCCAACAAAGGGGAUGCAAGCAGAGGCAGCAACAGGUACUCUCCCUCUGAGGCCGAAGCAGAGAAAACAAGGGUGGAGGUGAAAGUUGGUGAAAGGGAGAGAGGGAGGGAGACGGACGCAGCAAGGAAGCCUUCGAGGUCCAGCCCCUCAGCCAGGAGGUCACGCUCUCCACCCCAGAAAACCUCCAUCAUCUCUCCAGCACGUCGCACUCCACCAAGGCAGUAUCAGGAACCCUCGUCCCGAUCCUGGAGAGCUUCUCCUCCGGCCUGGUCAGACCGGGAGAGGCAGAGGGAGAGAGAGAGAGAAAAGGAGAGGGAGAAGGACAGAGAACGUGAGCGGGUUGCCAGGAGGAGCAGGUCCAGAAGCCCAAGAAGGCGCAGCAGGUCCAGAAGUCCAAGGAGGCGAAGCCCCCCCGGCAGGUCUCGUCGCUCUCCCUCUCCACAGCGGCUGAGGAGGAGCAGUCACUCCCUCUCCAGAGAAAGAGUAAGAGAGCGAGAACAUGAGAGGAUCCGGCAGAGGGAGGUACAACAAGAGAGAGAGAGGGUAAAGGAGCCUCUCCCCCCAAAAGACGUUCCACAACCCCACAGGUCCUCUUCCUCAUCAUCUUCCUCCAGCUCCUCCUCUUCCUCUUCAUCCUCGCCUUCACCACAGCGAGACAAGAAAGACACAAAGGCACUAACAGACAAAGACAAAACAACGGAGCGAGAGGUCGAUAAGAGAGAGGAAGGAGAGCAGAAAAGUCAUUCCUCUUCUUCACAAUGCCCCUCCGGAGACUCAUCCCAUGCCCCAACCUCAGGUAGGAGAGGCUCCCAGUCAGACUCCAGGCGCUCUGAUGUGCCCUCCAGAAGGUCUCCUGCUGCCAGCCAACCAGAAACCAAACAGUUGUCACAAGGUCAGAGCAGGAAGCGGUCACCAGUGACGACCCCUCAACCGCCAGACCAAACAGUCAGAAGUGAGAGCGCUGUAAACGGGAAGGAGGCAAGUGCAAACACGAAAGCCAACAAGAGCAGCAGCUCCGGCUCCUCCUCCUCGUCCUCAUCCUCCUCUUCUUCCUCCUCUUCAUCAUCCUCUUCAGACAGCUCAGACUCUGAAGUGGAGCAAGGAAAAGGGAAGACAGACAAAGCUCAAAGCUCUCCUUCCUCAUCCUCCUCAUCGGAGAAUGGAAAAGAAACUAAGAAAAAGAGCCCUGCCAUGCCUCGGAGGGUGCCGGCUGAUUCACUGAGAGAUUCACGCUCCCUCAGUUAUUCUCCUCCAAGGUACAUGAGAGCAGCGCCGCCCUCGCCGAGCCGCAGGAGUGGCAGCAGGCAGUCACCGAGCCGCUCGUCAAGCAGCAGACGAAGGAAAUGAGCCGACGACUUCGCUUCACUACUUCUUCUGUGUUUCUCUGUUCACCUCCGGCUGGUUUGAACUGGACAUGUAACAUGGACUUCACAGCCAGCGGUCUGUAAAUAAACCUCUCUGAAUGUCAGAGGACUCGUUUUGGUUGUGAGCCACCACACAGUAAUCAACAUGUUUGUUUUUUAAGCAGCGAUGACCCGAGGCUGGCUUGUACAUUUCUUUAUAUGAGCGGAAUAAGAAACGUACACAUUCUCACACACGCAAACACAGUUAAGUAAAACGUAACUCUUAACAAUGUUCCUCUGUACUUGUACUGUUUGUUGUGUUAUACCUGUAGAUAUGAGCUGUCUGUAUUUUGAUUAUCAUGUAACAGAUUCAACUUUCCAUUUAAUGUGAGCAGAAACUGAAAUGUGGUUCUUUUUUUUUUUUUUUGUUGAAAAUGGUUAAUAAAAGGCAAUUGUACAUUU